ACUUGGCCAUCGAUGUCCCUGGUCACGGGAAGGUGGUGGUCGACAUCGGCUACGGUGGCACUUUCUAUGCCUUUCUCAGCGCCGAGCAGCUGGGCCUUGAUGUGUGCUCUUCGAAGACCAGAGACCUCGUCAGUGCGGCGAGCGCAGUGACGGAAGCGGUGAAGAAACAGUUCAAGCUUCAUCACCCUGAAAGUGAAGACCUGGCUUUCCUCUACGGCACCAUACUGACAGACGGGAAAGAUGCCUUUAGUGAGGAGCCCACCACCAACAUCUGUGUGUUUGCAGAUGAACAGGUUGACCGAAGUCCAACAGGUUCGGGUGUGACAGCUCGCAUCGCCUUGCAGUACCAUAAGGGACUCAUCCAGCUGAAUCAGACCAGAACCUUUCGGAGCAGUACCACGGGGUCCUUGUUCACCGGGAAGGCAGUGCAGGAAGCCAAGUUUGGGGAUUACGACGCUGUCGUUGUGGAAGUCUCGGGAGAAGCCUUUUACACCGGUACAGCCAUCUUCACUGUCGAAGAGGAGGAUCCGCUGAAAUACGGCUUCUUCUUCAAGUGA